AUGUUACAAAUAUCGUCAAUUUCACAAACAUUCAAAUUCAAAUCUAAAAAUUCUACAUCUUCACAGUCACUAAAUCAAUCUAAGGAUACAUCAGAUACAUUAAACAUUCUACUGGAAGAGCAACAACAACAACAAUCCUUGUCAUCAAAUAUGUUAUCCACAAUUGGUCCAUCACCACGCCCCCCUCUGGACCAUUUCCAUAAUAAUUCAUCCAAGAGUGAUAAAAACUCAUCCUCUUCUACUCCAUUUCAAACACAACCAUCAGAUGAUGAAUUAACUAUAAAAUUACCUCUAUUAACAUCAGAAAAUCUACUUCAGCGGCAAGAAGAAGAAGAAGAAAAACAAGUACAAGCCCAAGAAGGGAAUCCAAUUGAACAAUCAAGCAAUACUAACAACAAUAUCAACAACAACAACAACAACAACAAUGAUAAUGAUAAUCAUUGCUCUCCAUCAACACCAACAUCUUUUAAAGGUACUAGAUCAGAAACAAAUUCAAAUUAUACACAUGAAACAACUCCAUCAUCACUUGAUCACAAUGAUUCUAAAUCAACAUUACCACCCUCCGAUACUGGUUAUCAAUUUAAUCUUAAAAUAAAUAAUCAUCGUUCAUCAUUUGACAUUGACCCUUUACACAAACCAAGUAGUAACAAUCAUGAAAGUCAACUUCUGGAGACUAAUAAUAAGACUAAACCACAACCACAACCUCAACCAAUUACUGACCCUAUUUUGAUACCCCAAAAAACUAUAACCAAUUCAACAACAACUGAAACACCGAAAAGUAUUCGAAGACAUACUUCACCUAUGCCUUUAAUACCGAGAAGAAGUUUUGAUGUCCAAGUUGGAUCAUCAAAAUUACAAAAACUCACUUCAAGAACCGAUUCUGCCAUUGCUUUGACUCGACAUUCAAUAAAUAUAGAUAGACCAACCAAUAGAAGUACAUUUGGUGGCACUGGUUCACCACGAGCUUUACCUAUAAGUUCAACUCAUGAAAUUCAACGAAUGAGAGAUUCAAUUUUAUUAAAACGACAUAUGAAGAAAAGACCAACUGAAGAAGAUAAAGUUUUGGUGGGGAACAAAAUCAGUGAAGGUCAUGAAAAUUUUGUCAUGGCAUAUAAUAUGUUAACUGGUAUAAGAGUAGCAGUUUCUAGAUGUUCUGGAGUAAUGAGAAAAUUAACUGAUGAAGAUUUUACUGCAACUAAAAAAUUAUCAUUUAAUUUUGAUGGUAGUGAAUUAACUCCUAGUUCUAAAUAUGAUUUUAAAUUUAAAGAUUAUUGUCCUGAAGUAUUUCGAGAAUUGAGACAAAUCUUUGGUAUUGAUCCAGCUGAUUAUUUAGUAUCAAUUACUGGGAAAUAUAUAUUAUCAGAAUUAGGAUCACCAGGGAAAUCAGGGUCAUUUUUUUAUUAUUCAAGAGAUUUCCGAUUUAUUAUUAAAACCAUUCAUCAUUCUGAACAUAAACAAUUAUUAAGAAUGUUGAAAGAUUAUCAUCAUCAUGUUAAAGAUAAUCCUAAUACAUUAAUAUCACAAUUUUAUGGAUUACAUCGAGUGAAAAUGCCAUUAUUUGGUGGUGGUAGUCGUAAAGUACAUUUUGUUGUUAUGAAUAAUUUAUUCCCACCUCAUCGUGAUAUACAUAUUAAAUAUGAUUUAAAAGGUUCAACAUGGGGUAGAAAAACUAGUGUAUUUUCUGAAUGGGAUGAAAAAGAAAUAUCAAAACAUACAUUAAAAGAUCUUAAUUGGUUAGAAAGAAAUCAAAAAAUUCAAUUUGGUCCUGAAAAACGUCAUAUUUUUUUUAAACAAUUAGAAUCAGAUGUAAAAUUAUUACAAAAAGUCAAUGUAAUGGAUUAUUCAUUAUUAUUAGGGAUUCAUGAUGUUAAAAAAGGUAAUAGUGCUGAUAUUGAAAAACAAUUAUCAGUUUUUGAACCUAAAUCAUUUGAUAAACGAGCACUUAUAAAUACUAAUCCAAGAGAUUUAGAUCGUCAACAAGAUUUACCAAAUGAUGUAUUUCCUGGUCGAUCUAAAUAUGUAUUUUAUGGACAUGAUGGAGGAAUUCGUGCUACUAAUGAAGAAAAUAUUCCAACAUCAGAGAUUUAUUAUCUUGGUAUUAUUGAUUGUUUAACAAAUUAUUCUUUGAAAAAAAGAUUAGAAACAUGUUGGAGAAGUUUAAGUCAUCCAAGACAAACAAUCCUGGCGGUUCCUGCGAAAGAAUAUGGUGAUAGAUUUUUAGAAUUUAUAAAAAAAGGUACAACUCAAUUGAAAAAGAAACGGAAUUAG